GUUCACAAAUCUUUGGAAUCAUGUCGACCCAAAUAUUGGAGCGUCCCUAUCCAUCCUCCUUGGAUGCCUCUGCCUCUGGGGUUAGCGGAACAGCAUCCCGUGGCUCCAGCGCCCUUUCCAGUCGCAUAACAAAUGUCCUCUCGGCAUCGUACGCCGACCUGGAUAUUCGCGAUGCGUUGGAAACACUCGAUGCUCGAGGGGUUGAGAAUACGGCAGAGACCCGGCGGCAUCUACGCUUAGAUGUGCAGAGAGAGGUCAUCCAGUGCAACGGUGAGAUCGUGAAGGACUUUGGCGCGGUGGCAGAUCAACUCAAACGCAUUGGAAGUGCGAUUAAAAGCCUGAACAAGUACUGUGAUGAUAUGCGUAGCCAUAUUGAAGCUGCUCACAGGGAGACGGCUCCCGUCCUGGACGAGGCCAAGGGCCUCCUGAAUCAAAAGGAACAAGUCGAAACAAGACAGCAGAUCCUCAACGCCUUCAACGCACAUUUUGUUCUCUCCGAGGAGGAUGCGGCCACUCUCACCUCUACCGCUCUGCCUGUCGACGAAGACUUCUUCCAGACACUGACGAGGGUGAAGAAGAUUCACCACGACUGCCAAGUUCUUCUCGGGAGCGAAAACCAAACCUUGGGCCUCGAAGUGCUUGAGCAAAGCUCCAAGCAGCUGAAUUCCGCUUUCCAGAAGCUCUUUCGGUGGGUUCAGUCGGAAUUUAAAACGCUGGACCUGGAAAACCCCCAAAUCAACGCGUCCGUUCGAAGAUCGCUGCGGGUGCUGGCCGAACGGCCGACGCUCUUCCAAGCAUGCCUGGACUUCUUUGCUGAAGCGCGAGAACAUAUACUAUCCGACUCCUUCCACGCUGCAUUGACUGGCUCUGCAUCCGAUACAACGAAGCUUGCCACCAAACCCAUUGAAUUCCAGGCCCAUGAUCCCUUGCGGUACGUUGGUGACAUGCUGGCUUGGACACACGCCGCUACCGUCUCAGAGCGGGAAGCAUUGGAAGUUCUUUUCAUCUCCGAGGGCGACGAGAUCAAGCGUUCGAUUCAGGCCGGUCUGGAGAGCGAACCCUGGUUGCGGGGCGACGGCGACCAAGAAAUAUUUGACGGGAGGACAGCGCUCAACCAAAUCGUCGGCCGCGACCUAACAGGCGUUGCUCGCUUGCUGCGACAGCGUACGGAGCAGGUUAUCCAGAGUCACGAUGAUGCUACACUUGCCUACAAAAUCGCCAAUCUGAUCAGAUUCUAUCGCACGACCUUUGUCAAGCUCCUCGGGGAAGACUCCGAAGUUCUUGGUGUUUUCACACAACUCGAAGAGUCAGCAAUGAGGCAAUUCAGGGCCAACAUGCGCGAUCAUGUCGCUGCCGUGCAGAGCGAAAUCACCCUAGCGCCUCCAGAUCUGUCGCCGCCUGACUUCCUUGAGGACGCCUUGCAAAUGCUGAAAGCUCUGGCCAAGAGCUUCGACUCAUCAAUUGCGGCAUUUGAUGAUCGCGAGGAAGGCUUCCAAGCCGUGCUGACAGAGGCUCUAGAGCCUUUCCUGGGUGGCUGCGAGAACCUUCAGAAAAGCUUGGACCUUCUUGAUGGCCAUAUAUUUGCCGUCAACUGUCUCUUAGCGGCAAAGGAGGUGUUGCUCGGUUAUUCCUUCACGCAGAAGAGGAUCAGCGACAUUCAAGACACGAUUAGUGAGCAUGUCGCCAAGCUAGUUGAGUACCAACAUCAAUACCUUACCCAUACGUCCGGGCUUCUACCGCUCACUGAAGCGCUCUCUGAGGUCUCAGACACCACCGAUAGCCUAAGGAGUAUCCCGACUCUCGACCCCUUCAAACCCGACGCUCUGAUAUCGACAAGCCAGCAACUCGACGAUUUUCUUCCAUCGGCGUUGAUUGAUGCAUCAGAAAACAUCAAGAGACUGCGGAGCAGAAAGAUGGUGCACGACAUCACGGAGGAAGCUGCAAGGCGAUUCUGCGAGGAUUUCGAAUUCAUUGAAAGUAGGAUUCUGGCCGCGGAUGACCUGCUUCAAGAUACGGAACCGGCGGAAGACGGCCAGGAACCUGCACCUGGGCUGAGAGAUCUGUUCCCUCGCACUAGCGGGGAGAUACGCGUGUUGUUGAGCUAGGUGGAUUGUUUGGUGGCUUCAUUUCAUGUUGUUGCCCCUUCAUCGAUGAUUCUUCAAGCCAACCCUUGUCCACGUCCUCCCACGUCCAUAACUCAGAUCCGAUGCAUAUAGAAACUCGUGACAUCUUGAUCCCGCCAUGCAUCUCAAGCCUGCGGCUUCUUCUUCUCCCAUUCUUCAGGCGUAUGACACUUCGGCGUCCACGCAUGGAUGGCCGCAAUCUCCUCCUUGAGAAUGCCAUUGACAAG